AUGCGCCCCUGUACCGCCUCCUCAUGCUGCUGCCAGGCCUGUAAUCUGCCAUGGGCCCCCGUACCGACUCCUCAUGCUGCUGCCAGGCCCGUAAUCUGCCAUGGGCCCCUGUACCGCCUCCUCAUGCUGCUGCCAGGUCCAGAGUGUGUCAUGGGUCCCUGUACGGCCUCCCAUUGCUGCUGUCUCUAUCGCCACACUCUGCCAUGUGCCACUUUCAGGUCUCCUCACACUGCUGGUGGUUUCCAUUUUUGUCAUAGGGUGCUGUAUGGCCUCCCAUUGCUGCUGCCUCCACCGCCACACUGUGGCUCCACACUCUGGUUUUGGCCCCGUGACUGCCCAAAUGAGUGAAGUGUGCGGUGAUUCUAAGAUCGACGGCACUCAUCUGCAUGUCAUACUGCCUGACAGUAUUAUUUCUCUUCCCCAGCAGACUCCAAGGGCAUUUAAAUUAAAGGUACAGUGUUCAGCACUAAUA